CGCCAAAUUCGGCUUUGUAGUAGCCAAAUAUAACUCGCACCAGUUUCACACUGUCGUGAACCGUGAUUAAGAAUCGUACCUCAGUUGAGUCUACGGCGAUCCGCGAGAAACACAACAUCACAAUGGCAUCCGAUCUGAAAGACGUUGAAGUUGAGAAGGCGCAGUUCGUGUUCUCCGUCUACGAUUGGGAUGGCAACAACACCAUCGAUGCCUUCGAGAUUGGAAACGCCCUGCGUGCCCUCAACCUGAACCCAACUCUGGACCUCAUCGGCAAAAUGGGUGGAACCCAGAAGCGUGGCGAGAAGCGCGUCAAGUUUGACGAAUUCCUCUCCAUCUACGCCCAGGUCAAGAAGGAGAAGGACAUGGGAUGCUAUGAAGAUUUCCUUGAAUGUCUGAAGCUCUACGACAAAGAAGAGAAUGGCACCAUGCUGUUGGCUGAGUUGAAUCACAGCUUAAUCGCUCUGGGUGAGAAGCUGUCUGAAGAUGAACGUGAUGAUGUGUUCAAGGAUUGCAUGGACCCCGAGGAUGAUGACGGUUAUAUCCCAUAUGCCCCCUUCCUCAAGAAAAUGAUGGAUAACAUGGUCGUCAUCAACAAGUAAAUGUUUUAACGAACACCUUUCAAAACAUAAGUUCACCAACAAAUAAUGAGUAAGAGUAUUCCAUUUCUUCAGAGAUUGUGUGAUUAUAAACCACCUGCAUAUUAGAUCCGCUUCUGCAGUUGUUUCCGAUUGCAGAACAUGAGUGGUGGUUAGAUUAUUUCUUAAUCACAAGAACAAUCUGGAAAAACCACAAACGUCCAGGGAAAUAACAUCUGAUAACAACAACAUCGACGAAAUAAAAAAAUAACAACAGUGUUUCAACAACAACGAAACGUAUAAUUUAUAAUGACAUCUAGUAUGGGAGCGGUUAUUAUUAAUUUCUUUUUUAAGUUUUUAAUAAAAAUAUAUGUAUAAAGAGAUACCAAAAAAA